AUGAGUGAUGACCCCCACCACGACCCAUCCUUCGCCACCACUUACUCCCAGUUUUCUUCCCUCUUCGACAACUUCGCUGAUCAGAAGCAGGGACACUCUCAUCACGACAACUCCCCUGGCUCCCCGUCUCAAUCUCAGUCCACCGCUGUGCCUGCUUCAAGACGCACAUAUUCCCCCUUCAGCGACGACGACCGCUCCACCGCUAGGCCCUCCUCCCCACGGUCUCUUCACCGACGCGCUAGCCAUGUCCAACAGUGGUUAGAGCAGCAGCCUAGCGUUAGUCCCAGUCCCAGCCACGAUGUUCGAACAACGCCUCGCGCCAAGGACCGUGGCAAUCACAGCUACGCUUAUCGUACCCCUUCUGGCGCUCACGACCCGACGCGCGACUCUUCCGACCAAACAGAUGACGGUACUCUGGGCAGUUUCGUCCUCGUGCCCGGAGAUGAGGCUGAUAUACCUCCGCGUGAAUUCCUCGAGGACGAGAAUGGCCAGUCCCGGCAUGCAGGUCCUUCUCACAUGCGGCCCCCUGGCUCGCGCCUGUACUCAAGCUUUUUCAACCCGCCCACAGCGUUCCGUAAUAUCCAUCUGCCCCUUUCUUCCAAUUCACGACGUCCGUCCCCAGCUCCCCGUAGUCCUCCGUCUCCCUCACUUCGCCAAUCGAUGUUCUCGCGACCACAUACGAGUACAGGGAAUCACUACAGGACUUCGAGUACGAGUACGAUGGCUCCCCAUGAUAUGACAAGUACAACAGACGAUCCUGCUUCUCACCACCAGACCUUACGUUCUACUCGGAAUUGGACGCUCAAACGUCCACGGAUCCUAGGGGGCUUUCUCUCUGCACCCAAUCCCUCCUCUUCCACCUCACCAACGCAUCUCGAGCCUCCUCGCGACAUGGCACCCCCUCGACCCAGUUUCUCUUCAACGAACACGGUCUCUUCUGGCGCUGCAUCGACCCACGUUUCUGGGCUCCCUGUAGAUUCAGGGUCUACUAACGGCGGUACUCCGUCGCGCAUUAAACCUCCGUCUCCGUCUCUAUGGUCCCUGCCCAGCAAUGCGUCUCACCUCCAUGAUCUUCCGGGAUCCGAAGCUCCUCUCGCUUCCCGCAAACCACGGAAACAUUUCACGCAGAAACUGCAAGCCAACAGCCCUUCACCAAUCGGACGUGUUCCGAGCAUGCUAUCCAUGCACAAGGACUGGCGGAAGAAGAAGCUGGUCAUCAGCGGAGUGGCGAAAGGAGACGAGCGCCGUCUGGCGAACGUUAGGCGUUGGUGCGAGUCGUUUGGUGAGGUUAAUCAGAUCUCACGAGCGCCAAACGGAGAUCUUCACGUUGAUUUUAGGAGGACCGAGGUGGCGGAUACGGUAUGCCGAGUUAACGCCCGUGUACAAAUCGCCGGAGUUGGGAGCGUGUCUUUAUCUUGGUACACGGGCAAGAAACCGUGA